AUCAUCGUCAACAACGUCAUUCUAUUUUUAACUUUGAUCGAUUUUUUUUUUUGGAGGGAUCGAUCCUGUUUUUUGGCUUUUGUAAAUAUAUAAAAUAAAAUUUUUCUUUUAUAAAUGCGAAUGACUAUAAUGAUGGCAUCAAUUGCACGUCGUGUUGCUACAUCAUCAUUAUGUGGUCUUUCAACAUCGACAACAUCAACAUCACCAACAUCAACAUCGAAUAAAAAUGGUAAAACUAUUGAUAAAAAACGUUUUGGUGGUGGUGGUCAUAAACAUAAUCAUAGACAUGAUAAUGGUAAAAAACAACAACAACCAAUAAUAUCAACAACAUCAACUUCUUCAUCCGGUGGAUUAUCAUCAUUUAGUAGCAGUGGCGGUGGUGAUGGUAUUGAUGAUGGUCCAUCAUCAACAUCAACAUCAUCAUCAUCAAAUCAAACAACAACAAUGAUAACUUCAAAUUCACAAUCAUCACCAAAAUCAUCAUCAUCAAUAACAUCGACAAAUCGUUCGGAAAAGGUUAAAUUUGGUGUUCCAUUUGUCGAUGUUUGUAGUUUACAUAAUGAUCUACCUAGUCUUUUGAUAAUGAUGAUAUUAAAAAUGAAUAAAGAAGCACCAUAUAAAAAAGAUGUCUUCCGUGCACCGGGUAAUCAGGCAAAUAUGAAAAAAUUGAUACAAUUUUUACAGAAUGGACGAUUAAUAAAUUUGGAACAAUUUUCCGUACAUACAAUAGCAUCAGUGUUGAAAAAAUUUCUACGAAAAUUACCUGAUGGUAUUUUUGGUCAAAAAAAUGAACAAUUAUUAUUCGAAAUAUUUGGUAAUUUGGCUAUAAAAACAACGAAUAAUGAUUAUUCAGAGGAAAAAAUUCUUCAAAUUCAAAGAAUUUUGUUUUCAUUACCAAUUGUAACACAACAUUUACUCGUUUUAUUAUUCGGUACGUUUCGUUCGAUAUCCGAUUCACUACAAUCAUCAAUGACAAGUGAAUCGAUAAGCAUAUCGGUUGCACCAAGUUUUUUUCAUUCCUGUAUAUCGGAUGGUAAUAAAUUUGCUAAAAUUGAAGAUGUUCAACGUUUUAAGAUUGCCUCAUCGAUAAUGAAAUUUUUAAUCGAUAAUUUUGGUAUUAAUAAUUUAUUUGGUAAAGAUAAUUAUGAUUAUUAUUGUCGGAUGACUGGUAAAAUUGUAAAUGUUGAAGAAAAUUGGACAUUUACCUAUCAUUAUCCAUCGAAAAAUUUAGUGCCUAGUGAAGCAUGUAGAUCAAUAGAAAAUCAAUGGUUAAAUAAUGAAUAUCGUAAAUGGAAUCUUCCUAAUAAUGAUAUUGUUCAACAACAACAACAAAUGAAUUUUUGUUCACAAACAAUUCCAACAACAACAACAACAGUGAUUGUUAAUGAUCAUCAUCAUAAAGAUAUGAAAUCAAUACCCGAAUGUAAUAGCUCACCAAUGUGUUCAACUAAUUUUCAACAUCAUACCAAUUCAAUUAUGAUGGAUUCAUCGAAUAUCAUUGGUGAUGAAUCAAUACGAUCUCAUAGUGUUGAAAAUGAUGAUCCACAUAUGAUGAUUAUAUCGAUGGAAGAUAAUCGGGUUAAAUUUUAUAAUAAUAAUCGUUUGACAAAUUCCGAAUCAUCACCUAAUGAUACAACAAUGAUGAUGAUGAUUAAUAAUAAUGGUAAUCAGCCAAAACCAAUGGAUAAUUUAAAAAAUGUUAAUCAAUAUGCUGAAAGUACAAAAUCAUUAACAUUUUUACCAAUCGUUCAUGAACGACAAACACAACGUAUGAAAACACGUUCCGAAUGGUUUCUUAAUGGUGGUGGUUUAGGAAAUCAUUCGAAUAAUUCAAGUAUUCGAUCUCAAAAUUUAUUAUCAUCAUCAACAAUACCAACAUCAUUAUCAUCAACAUCAUCAUCAUCGGCUACAACAACAACAACGACAAAAGGUUUGAUUAAAAAAACAUCAUCAAAAGAAAAACGUGAUAAAGUUUUAUUACGGCGUACAUCAUCGAAAAAAUCGGAAAAACCUUGCUUUAAUAACAAUAAUUUAUCGAAUGAAUCAACCGCUAUUAAUAAUAAUAAUAAUUCUCAAAAAUCAACUCAAGAUGUAUCGAAAAAUUCAAAUAAAUUUUCAUCAAUAAUGAUGAAAAAGAUUAAUGAUCAUGAUUGUACGGAACGUUCAAUACGACAAACAACAAUCAAAUAUUCAUAUAAACCGACCAAAAUGUGAAAAAAAUUUUCAUCAUCAUCGUCAUUCCACAAAAGUGUUCUCAUCAUUAUUAUCAUUUUUGUUUUUAUUUACCAUAACCAGAAUAUACCGAAACCACCGAUUAACAUUUUUUUAUCAUCAUUAUCAUUAUCAUUGUCAAAGACAUACAAUUAUUACGAUUAUCAUAUAGCAUUUAUUUGAAACAUCAUUUUUAUACUAAGAUUACUCAGCAAAAGCAAACAAAACAAUGAAUUCUUGAUCGA